AAUAAUGGUGGGUUAGGAUACAAAGCUUCACUCAAUAAUAAGUAUCUUAAUAAACCGGCAAUAUUUGUAUCUACAAUUAGUGAUGAAAAUUGUACACUUGAAAUCUAUCAAGAUUACAAAGUUCAAAAACAGUUUGUAGCCAGUUCUCCAAAUGAAUAUCAAUUCUUUGAAUCUUGGGCUAAAAGUGAAAAUCCAAUAAUUGAAUUUAUGUCUAGUCUUGAAAAACUUUAUCCAAAUGAGUAUGAGUUUAGUGAUCAGGAAUUGAGAGCAUAG